UAGCACCAAACCAACAUUGGUUUUCAUGCAAUCUGUUUUCAUUUGGAGGUUGCGAUUAUUCCAUCAAUCAUUCAAGGCAUUAUUCCCUCUUCUCCUCGAGAAAAGAUAAAAGCUAACUAAAGCCCACCACCACUGUUCCCUCUGUCCAUUCAACCAGACAGACAGUCCUCACUCUCUUUUUCUCUCUCUUCCCCUUCAGUUUCAGCUUAUUCUUAACAAAAGUCAUUUAUUCCAUUCCUUAGUGUUUAAAGCUUGUUCUCACUUUGCCACUUAUUUUACACUUCCCACAAUAUUGAGCUCUAGCUUUUCAUAAUCCCACUUCAGCUUUACAUUGUACAACAAACAAAGAGAGAGAAAGAGAAAGUUGUGCAUAUCACAGCCAAUCCACUUUCAUAUAAAAAGCCAAAAUUUCCCUCACUGACAAGAAAGGCACAAAACCCUCACAAUAUCUAUCUUGCAGACCCUUGCUAUAAGUGUACCAAACAAAGUAUAAACCACCAUACAGAUCGAUAUAUCUAUCUCCAUAUCCUACCUCCUAGCUAAGCCACCAUAGCAUAGAUCGAUAACCCUUUUGCUUUCAAACCAAAUGAGUUAACCUCAUUAUAUUGAUCCAAAACUCCAUUAAACUCUUAUCUAACUCUUAAGUUUAAACCUUUGUAGUUUGUUCUAUACAUAUAACCGUGUGAGUGUGAGUUAUUGUUACUAGUUGAGAAAAAUGAGAGGAGGUAUUUGUAGCAUACAGCUUCAGGCUCUUACACCUGAAGCUACAACUGUUGUCAAGCAAGCUGUGAAUCUUGCAACAAGAAGAGGCCAUGCGCAAGUGACACCUCUUCAUGUUGCAAGUGCCAUGCUUGCAACUUCCACAGGCCUUCUUCGUAAGGCUUGUCUUCAGUGUCACUCUCACCCUCUUCAGUGCAAGGCUCUUGAGCUUUGUUUCAACGUUGCACUCAACCGUUUACCAGCUUCCACUUCAAGCCCUCUUCUGGCUCCUCAAUAUUCCACCCCUUCACUCUCCAAUGCCUUGGUUGCAGCCUUCAAACGUGCUCAGGCUCACCAACGCCGUGGUUCUAUUGAGAACCAGCAGCAGCAUAUUCUUGCCUUGAAGAUCGAGGUGGAGCAGCUCGUGAUUUCAAUCCUUGAUGACCCUAGUGUUAGUAGGGUCAUGAGAGAAGCUGGUUUCUCUAGCACCCUUGUGAAAACAAGGGUUGAACAAGCUGUUUCAAUGGAAGUUUGUUCACAGAAGGCUUCUUCUGAUAGGAGCCAUGCCAAAGAAAAUAUCACUAAGCCCCAUCAUGUUGUUCUUGGUGGUAGUAAUAAUGUGUCUCCAUCAUCUGGACCUUUUGGUCAAGUUGCUGGUGGCUCCUUCAUGAAGCCUAAUUUAGACCAUGUUAACAAUGAUGAUGUAACUAGUGUGCUGAGUGAGUUGGUGAGGAGAAAAAACACAGUUAUUGUAGGGGAGGGUGUGGCCAAUGCUGAGGGAGUAGCUAGGGAAGUGAUGGAGAGGUUUGAGGUAGGGAAUGUUCCUGGGGACUUAAGGUAUGUGCAAUUUGUGAGCCUUCCUCUCAUGUGCUUCAGAAACAUUAGCAAGGAGGAAGUUGAACAGAAGCUUAUGGAGAUUAGAAACCUUGUGAAGAGCUAUGUGGGAAGAGGGGUUGUUCUUUACUUGGGUGAUCUAAAAUGGUUGUUUGAGUUCUGGGCUAAUUUUUGUGAGCAAAAAAGAAACUACUACUGUUCUAUAGAGCAAAUGGUCAUGGAGCUUAAAAAAUUGGUAUGUGGUAGUGGGGAGUCUAGUAGACUGUGGCUUAUGGGGAUUGCAACUUUUAAGGCAUACAUGAAGUGUAAAAUAUGUCACCCAUCCCUAGAAGCUAUUUGGGAGCUUCACCCCUUCACAAUUCCUGUUGGCAGCCUCAGCCUAAGUUUAAAUUUUCACAGUGAUUUUCAAGCUCAAGAGAGAAGCAAGGUGUUUUUCAAGGAUGUGGCUUUUGAAGAUAGAACAGGAGUCAGAAACCAUCUAACUUGCUGCAGGGAUUGCUUGAUAAAUUUUGAAAAAGAAGCUCAGAGCAUAACUAACUGUAUAAGUAAGAAAGUUUGCACUGCUAGUAGCUUGCCAACGUGGCUUCAAAAUUGUAAGGAAGAGAGAAGUGACAUAAUGGAAGAUCAGGAAAGUUCAAGGCUUGAGUAUCUGUGCAAGAAAUGGAAUUCCUUAUGCAAUUCAAUACACAGACGACACCCUUCCAUUAUUGAGAAACCAGCUGUUUUCUUUGUUUCAUCAUCCCCUUCAUCUCCCACUUCUGUUUCCUCAAAUGAAAGAAAGUCCAACUUUCAUCACAGCCACCUAAAUUGGCCAAUCAUUUCUGAAUCAGAAAAGUCACCAAAAGAAUGUGAGUUAUACACUGAAACUGGUGAUGAUGAUGAUGAUGGCUAUGAUAGCAACUUUAUAAUGUUCAUGCCAGAUAGAGAUGUCCCUAAACCAGAUCUUCUGUCAAAUCCAAACUCUAGCCCCAACUCGGCUUCUUCAAGUGAAGCAGUGGAUGGUUUGGAAAGCACUCAAAUGUUCAAGGAACCUAAUGCUGAGAAUCAUAAGAUUCUGUGUGAUGCUUUGGAGAAAAAGAUUCCACAGCAUAAAGAUGUUAUUGUUCCAGAGAUUGCAAGUACUGUCCUUCAUUGUAGAUCAGGAAUGAGAAAAAGAGGAUUAAACCACUUGAUGAACAGAGAAGAAAAUCAAGAAACUUGGAUGUUCUUUCUUGGUGUGAAUUCCCAAGCCAAAGAGAGCAUCUCAAGGGAGCUAGCUAAAGUUGUUUUUGGCUCUUAUAGCAACUUUGUCUCAAUUGGCAUGAGCAAUUUCUCUUCCCCAGAAGAUGAUCAUGAUUCCACUGAUGAAAAAUCCAAAAGGAAGAGGCCAAGAGAAGAGUUGAAAAGCAGUUAUGUUCAAAGAUUCGGGGAAGCAGUGAAUGAGAACCCUCAUAGGGUGUUCUUCUUGGAAGACUUGGAUCAAGUUGAUUACUUCUCUCAAAAGGGUGUAAAGCAAGCAAUUCAAAGUGGAAGCAUAACACUCCCUAGUGGUGAAUCUGUUCCUCUCAAGGAUGCCAUUGUCAUUUUCAGUUGCGAAAGCUUCUCUUCACCAAAGUUGAGAAAAUCACCAUGUGCUGAAAACAAAGGGAAAGAGAUCACUGUGGAUGAUGAAAGUUCUAGCCUCUCUUUGGAUCUGAACCUAGCCAUUGAAGAUGAAAGUGGAGGUGUGGCAUUAGGUGGAGACAAUGGCAUCCUAGAGUUAGUUGACAAACAAAUUAAUUUCAACAUACAAGAAUUGUGAUGAUAGGAAUAAUGGAGAAACAAUCUUCUGUGUUAAAUUUGAGUGUUAAUUACUUUUUUUUCUCUUGUAUUGUUUUUCAGCUACACUUAGUGAGGUCGGGGGAAAGAAAAACAUGAAUGGAAAAGUAAUAUUAGAGACAUAGUUUUGAUCUGCGUUUCUUAAGCUUGAAUGCAGAUGGUAUAUUUAGGAAGAGAACGUGUCUGUGUAUAUGUUAAUUAAUGUGCUCCAAUCUUUUGCAUGUAAUUUGGUUCCUGUUUUAACUAAAUAUAUUUUAAUUUCUUGUUUCGAAUAAAA